AUACUUGACAUUGACAGUUUUGAAAAAAAAUCGUGAAAAAUUGUUUCGCUUUCGUAUCGAUUUACUUCAAUAGUUUUGCAAUUUUGCAUUAAAUUUCAUUUCCGAUCCCAAUAUGAGUACCAAUACGGGCGAGCAACUAACAUUGGCAAGAGACAUAAAAAGAGCUAUUGAGCUCCUCGAGAAACUGCAACAAAGUGGCGAAGUUCCUGCUACGAAACUGGCUGCUUUACAGAAAGUACUGCAAAGUGAUUUUUUAAACGCUGUUAGGGAGGUGUACGAGCAUGUUUAUGAGACCGUAGAUAUCCAGGGUUCAGCAGAUAUCCGCGCUUCGGCGACUGCUAAAGCAACGGUAGCUGCGUUCGCUGCCGCGGAAGGGCACGCACAUCCUCGAGUGGUAGAGUUGCCUAAGACGGAAGAAGGACUCGGAUUCAACGUAAUGGGUGGUAAAGAACAGAAUUCUCCUAUCUACAUUUCUAGAAUAAUCCCCGGUGGAGUCGCCGAUCGUCACGGAGGUUUAAAGCGUGGUGAUCAGCUACUUUCCGUUAAUGGUGUGUCGGUAGAAGGCGAGAACCACGAGAAGGCUGUGGAAUUGCUAAAGCAAGCUGUUGGGUCUGUCAAACUUGUGGUCCGAUACACUCCUAAGGUGUUGGAGGAAAUGGAAAUGAGGUUUGACAAGCAGAGGACUGCCAGGCGGCGCCCGAAUUAUAAUUAAAUUUAUAUGCACAUAAUAUCAUUACUACACCCCAGUAACAUAACAAAGAAAUGUUACAUUCAUAUUAUGUGGUGUAUAUAAUUCCUGUUUGGUGAUGAGAAAGACAGAAGAUACAUAACGCACGAAAGUAGAAGAGAGAAGGCUCUACAAAUGUGACCCAAGUGUUAUAGUUUUAAGUCUUCACAGAUAAUUAUUAUUACAUGAUACCUAUUUCUGUUUUCAUAUUUAAUAUUAUCAAUGUAGGUACUAGAGACGCAGGGUUAGACUAGAUUUGUCCCUUAUUUGUUUGAGAUAGGAGGUCUACCCAGCUGUGAGACAGUAUAACUAAGACAUAUAGAGAUAUACAUGAUGAUCCUAUACUUUAACCUUUGACAGGCCAGACCACCCCUGGAAGAAAUUCUUCCUGUUUGUAUCCUACAUAUCUUUCUUUGGUCUUCCUCUUCUUUUUUUCCUUCCACAUGCAUAUUGGGCAUUGGAAUAACUAUACACAUCUUUUAUUUUAUUGUACUUAAGAUAUUUAUGUGUAAAGUUUAUUUUAAUCUUAGUUAAGAGUUAAGAGGUUUUAGGGUUUAUAAACACCUACUUUGUAUUAUAGUGCUUUAGCAUUUACUUUAUUAAUGUGAUGGAAUUGUGAAAUAGUGUUAUUUAUACAUUCAUUUUAGUGUUAAAAAUAAGGUUAUGAAUCAUAUGAAUAAAAAAUGCAUGUUAUGUAAAUAAAAAUCAAAUAUAAUUGUUAAUUAAUACUUCCAGCACAUACAUUUAAUACUUGUAUAUUUAAUAUUGUACUGAUUAAGUAUUACACUAUUAAUAUAAAAUAUUGUAUUAGGAUAUACUUUUUAGUAUUGAUUGUAGAAAUCUAGAUGUUAUUGCUGCAUAUUUCCUUUUCUGUGUUCAACUAGCAAUAUCCGUGUCGCGAAAUCUGCACUGUGUAUUACUAAACAAUUCAACGAAUCCGUGCUCAGCUCGCAUCAAUUGAACACGGUUUCUAAAUUGGUCUGUUCUAAAUAAACCUGUGCUGAUUUAGCAUGUUCAAGAUGUUCAGAAUAAAUCGUAGUGACUAAAAGUCGAAUUUUUCAAAUGGGCUACACCAGAAGAUUAGCUUCUGGCUUCACGCUAAACAAAAUCACUAGAGGUUUAACAGACAAGACUGUGUGGAAUUGGGGUGAUCAGAUUUCACUGUCGGCUACAUUUGACCCUUAUACAUUACUAUAUA